AUGAUGAACGGGCCAUAUAAGGAAUUGUCGACGUAUCGGAUGGCUUCGGUUAUAUGUAAAAAAAAUAUAUAUAUUUUCAGUUGUAAUCUGGCCUUAAUUUUAAACCAGCAUAUCAUUCGUCGCUCUAGUCGUGGAUAGUAUGCACGGAUCGACUCGUGAGUGGACACUGGUCAAAAUUCUAUUAAAAUAAUAUUUCAUAUACACCUGUAGAUACCAUUUAGUGGUAUGCCUACCGAUUAACUGAAUUUGCACGUACAACAGGUUGCUGGAUUGCAUGCACUGAGUUUUGUUAUAAUAUAUCUCUCCGGAGAGAGCCUCUUUAUUUGAUUUCUAUAAUUCUACAGCGUAUUUAUAUCGAUCUAAUACUUAUAUUAUUAAAAUCAAAUUUACAACGAUUUCACCGUGAAGUUGCAUGACUACGUAGCUAAAAGACCGGAUAUUCAGUGUUCGAUUUUUUUGUUUGAAUGAAUGCAAAAUGAUAGGAGGACGCAAGGUUAUGCUUCUUGUGAAGAACUGGCAGCUGGCCUCGGAGGUGGAUCACUCCGCCAAAGAAUGGGAUGCCAGCCAAGAUGGUGAUCUUACUGCUUCACCUUUCUGGAAGAGCACAAAGCGACCAACAUUCCGAAAGCUUUCACAGUAUGUCUUUCUACCCAAAGGAGCAGGGAGAGAGAGAUCUCAAUACUUCACGAUUGGUGAAAUACUUUUGAAGCUUGACUUCUGUUCAGCCCUCCAUCAACUCAGUAGAUUCCAGUAUGUUUGCAGGUUUGUGGAAUUGGUCAUCCAGAACCACUAUUCAUCCCUUAGUGGAUCGGCUAUGAAAUCUCUCUUUGGCAUUGUAGAAGAAGCCGUCAAUGUUGCAAUGGAAACCAAGUACAAUGUCAACCAGGUCAGGUCUAUCAUCAAAACCCUCAUCAAAGCUCUCCAGCUCAACACAAAGAGUUACAUCGGCGGCAAGGCUGGUUGGAACUGCCAUUACCAUAUCGCCUAUGUCUGGCUGAAUCAGCUCAAUAAUAUCCAGUACGAAGAGAGACAAGACGAUGGCAAGCCCAUCCUGACAGAUCUCCCCGACGAGUGCUUGAGACAGAUCUUCAGGACGAUGCAAGACCAUCGUGACAUCACACACACAGGGGAAGCCGAUAAGCUCCUGCACGGGUUGUCCAAUGAAUGGAACCUAUGGAGAGACUUCUGCAGAUUCCACUUUUCAGAGGCACAUUUGGCAGCAGCCGUCCCAAAGAACAAACCAGAUUACGAGAUCGAUUGGAAGAAGAUUUACAAGAAAAUGAGGACGAAGCAUGGCUUGAAAGAAGUGUUCGCUGAUCAGCUUCAGCUCUGCUGUCACUGCUAUUGCCUCUUCUGGAGGGGCGGGACUCAUCCCUGCUCUAUCGACAUUCCCCUGGAGAGAGGGGAGAGGGCGCCGGAGCAUCGGGUGGCACGCAGCCGAGGGAUCUCCCCCAGACAGCUCUCGGAUAUGUUUCCCCUGCCGAGGUAGAGCAUGGACGGUAGCUCGUCAACAUGUACCUUGUCCAUCAUGCUUUAACCUGUUGGAGACUUAAUGGUUUUGCUACAACUCAUCAUUUCCAUAGACUUCAGCCCCGAAAUACACAGGCUCAGUCUUCUAUGGGGUAAUACAAGAAGAGAGAGAGAGAGGUGCAACCAUUUCAAUCUUGCCAAUCCCUUAGAUAGGAUGUUCAAUAAAUAAAACUGAGAAGAGACUCACUACAUUGCAUGUUUGCAUGCUAAGAACCAGCUCUGAUAUUUUUUGCUAGAGAAGGAGGAAACUCUAGUGAAAUGUUUUACCUGCACACUCAUAACCAGGAGGGGGUUGCACGAAGCAGGAAGUGAUUUUCACUGACUGACUUGUUCUAAGCCAAUCAGAUACAAGGAUUUCAGUAGCUUAUAACAGUUUUUUUUUUUUAAUGGAGAUGAAUUUGGUGCAUGCCUUGGAACAUAAUAUGUAAUUGUUUUGUUUCUUUGAUAUAAGUCUUUACCAAGAAACAAAAAGGAAAAAAAACUUAUCAAGGUGACAGAUGGAUCUGUCAUGGGGGUUGGCCAUAACAACUUUUCAAACAGUUGUAAAACUGCAUGGAUUGGCUGAAUAUGAUAAAGCAUGGAUAAUACAGGGCAUAUAUGCCCCAUUGUUCUUCACACAAUCUCUUACAUGCAAUUUUUUUUCUUAUUUGGAGCUUUCGUCUUGUAACAUUUUAAUUUGUCAUAAUACAUUGAAUCCUGUAAAACAAACAAAUCUAUUGUAGCAUUUGUAAAUAAGAGUUUUGUAUAUCUGCACAUAUUUAAUACAAGAGAUACAUGUAUAUAGUUAUCCAUUUCAAUGCUGAAAGGUGUGUGAUACUGCAUGUUAUUAUCGUUGUGGGUUUAGCAAUGGGUAGUAGAAUUUCAUACAACUUAUACAUGUACAUAGCAGAUGUAUAUCCAUGAAAAUGUGAUUUUUGUUAUGACUGAGAAAAUGGAUUGUUCAAAUGAUUUAUCAAUCAUAAUUCAAAUUCAUACUGAUAAGCUUUGAGAAUGUACAGUUAUCAAGAAAAUACGUUUGACUAUGAUUAUUUGAAUAUCAGUUUCACAUCAAAAUCAUAUUUAGUACUUAAUUCUUCAGUGCAAACUUUUCAGCUUGGACAAUCAUUAAUGCAAGCUGAACAGUAAAGUAAAUAUAGCAAAGCAAACAUGAAA